AACACGGCAGUGAUUCCAGAGGAGCACAAAUUGUACAUGCUACAAGAUGACAUGGGCAGGGAUGGGGAUGAGAACUUGGAGGAUUAUUGGGAGUCUGAUGGUGAUGAGCUGGGCAAGGGAAGGGACGAGGAGCUUGCUGUGAACAUGCUAUUGCAGAAAUACUGGUCUCAGAAUCCCAGGCACAAGACUGGGCAUGGAGCUCAUGCUCAAUGGCUCGCUACCCAGCAUGCCCGCUGGACGUCUGAGAUGCUGGCUUUAGUCGAGGCAUACCUCCGAUGGCAACAUGAGCCUUUGUCUGCAUCUGACCAUGGCAACACCAGCCUGCACAAGAUGAGCACUGUCACAUUCCGUGUGGUCGGAUGGCAUGGCAUCGAGACCAAGACAUUCUUGGCCACACUCAACAACGAGAAUAUGCUUGGCCACAUCGUCAGUCCUGCACCAUUGCAGGGUGUGAGCAUACAUCUCUCAUGAGGCGUUCUCAAGGAUCUUGUGCGAUCUGCAUGAUUCACCCUACUGGCAGCAUCUGCACAUUCUCGACCAGGUAAAGUGCACAUUCAGCCAGGCUGG